CCGGCCAUAUUCCCAAGAAAUCAAAAGCAAGCCCUCGUCAAGACUGCCAUGGUGGGUUCCCUAACUACCCUUGACAUUCCGCUUGAGCUAAAAAUUCGUAAGGCUCGCUGUUUCUGCCGGCGCGGGUGUUACGGCUGCGUACUUGAUUUGGCCGAGAGGAUCCGAAAAGGAAUUCCAUAUUAAAGAAGACCAGCGUCUUGCACGGGUGAAAGACCCUAGCCGGCCACGCGAGCAAGUGACCGUUACCAGGCCGUCCGAACGUGACCCGCCCUCAUCCAUGAAGGCAGCUAGUUCUGAUCUAGGAGACAUGUCGUGGAAGCAGGAGAAUCUCGACAAUGCGAACACGGCCAGCCCUCGUCUAACCGAGCCAGGAAAGAGUAACAAGUCGGAGGGUGAUGUGGAGACCGCGAAACUGAAAGGAACAGUUGAUGAGCGCCGCAGAGCGAGAUAGUUCAACAAAAAUUGAAGGCAUGAUAAUUCACAACUGGAUAAGCCCAUAAACAGGCUCGAUUUACUUCCCCUCAUUUCCAGGAGUAGAGAGA